GGCCUCUCGCGACCCUUCCCGUGAUGCCCCGCACCCAGCCGCCGCCGUUGCCAGGUAGCCUGCGGUCCUUGGCUGCUAGCUGCGCGGGUUUCCGCUGGGUGAUGGGGCUGCGGGAUCUCCCGCCGUUCCUGCUCUUGCUCCUGGACUGCUGGGCCUCCGUGAGCGCCCAGGCCGGGGACACCCCGGUGGUGACGACAGAGGCCCUGAACUCCACGAAGCCAGCCCCGACGACUUUCCGACCUGCUGUAUCUCCUAGGCCGCAUGAAGCCCCCAGGGCUCCCAGGCCUACCCCGGUCACGGACGUUGCUGCUCUGUGUGUCUGUGACUUGUCUCCAGCACUGUGUGAUGUCAACUGCUGUUGUGAUCCUGAUUGCAGCUCCGUGGAUUUCAGUGUCUUUUCUGCCUGCUCAAUCCCAGUUGUCACGGGUGAUAGUCAGUUUUGUAGUCAAAAAGCAGCCAUCUAUUCAUUGAAUUUUACAGCAGACCCACCUCAGAGAGUAUUUAAACUUGUUGACCAAAUCAAUCCAUCUAUUUUCUGCAUUCACAUUACAAACUAUAAACCUGCAUUAUCCUUUAUUAAUCCAGAAGUGCCUGAUGAAAGCAAUUUUGAUAAAUUAAUUAAAACAUCUGAUGGUUUUUCAUCGAAUGCAGAAUCAGAUAUUUCCUUGACAACCAAACCGGAUGCUCCAAAUACUGCAAAAUAUGAGUAUGGGGUUCAUCUGCAGACUUCACAUUCAUUUCUGAGAUUUCCUUCUCCCCUUACAUCAUCUCUGUGCACCGAUAGUAACCCUGCAGCAUUUCUGGUUAACCAAGCUGUUAAGUGCACCAGAAGGAUAAAUUUGGAACAGUGUAAAGAAAUUGAAACCCUGAGCCUGGCUUAUUACAGCAGCCCUAAAAUUUUGAGGGUGCCUGGUUCAGGAACACAGGUCCCUAUCACUGUUCAGUCCAUCAUCAUUCAGUCUCUAAAUAAAACGCUAACCCGACUGGAAGACACUGACACUGAUGUAUUGAGGCCGCUGGUUCUUGUCGAGGCUGGGCAUGAUAAAAUCUGCACUAACGUCGUUCUUGAGGUGAAGUAUAGCCUCACAUAUACAAAUGCAGGUGAGAUAAUAAAAGCUGAUGUCUUUGUUCUUCUGGGAGCAGUUAGCAGUGCUAUGGUUCCAUUCCAGCAAAAGUUUGAAAUUUAUUUUAUUCAGCAAAAUACAAAGCCAGUUCCUCUCAGUGGAAACCCUGGUUAUGUUGUGGGACUCCCGUUAGCUGCUGGAUUUCAGCCUCAGAAGGGGUCUGGGAUUAUGCAGACCACGAACAGAUAUGGACAACUUACUCUUCUUCGUAGCACAGCUGAGCAAGACUGCUUAGCAAUAGCGGGGAUCCGGACUCCAGUAUUAUUUGGUUACAACAUGCAAUCUGGCUGUAAACUCAGACUGACCAAAGCUAUCACGUGUCAGCUGGUAGCGCAGAAGGUGGAGAGCCUGCUGAAGGGCCAGGGCUUCCCAGAUUAUGUGGCCCCUUUUGGAAAUUCUCAGGCCCAGGAUGUGCUGGACUGGGUACCCGUCCACUUCGUUACCCAGACGCCCCACAUGAAGGAUCCUUGCCAGCUCCCAGUGGCGUUGGCUAUAGAAGUGAAGUGGACUAAAUACGGAUCCUUGUUGAACCCACAGGCGAAAAUCGUCAAUGUAACUGCAAAUCUGAUUUCAUCCUCGUUUCCUGAGAGUGGUCAUAUGAAAGGAUGCACUGGUUCCUUCAUAUACGUGUGAAAUGUGAAAACUGUACAUUUGAUGAGAUUAAGUUUUAUAUACAGCUAGUAAUUGUCCAGCUUGUUGUUCAUUUUCAAGCAAGAGUAAAGUGUUCGGCGUGAGAAAAAUAUAGUUUAUGAUACAUUUGUUAAACAGUGUGGGGUAGGCAUGGGAUGGGACGUUCUCAGUCACACCAAGGAAGAAAUAGAGCCUCUGAAAGACUGUGUCCCCCAGAAUCCAAGCUGGCGGCAGUGAGGCAAAGCCAUCAAAGCAAACCUCUCCCCAACAUGGCCCCAGGAGGGGCGGCUGUCUUCCUCGUCACAAGCCGGAGAGGCAGGUCUUCCCUUUGGGGUGGAGCAGGUAUGCCUCUAGUUCACCUCACCAAGAAGUCCGUGCUGUCUCAAUAGCUUGUUAAGUCUUUCAAUUUCUUGUUCCUGUUGUUACAAAAAGCAGACAAGUAACUGCAUGUACCUUCUGAGCCUCACCAGGGACGUGGCGGUCACACAGUGAGCCCCGGACACGCACAGGGACGCAGAGCUGAGUGAAAGCCAUACUUCUCGUGCCAUCAGCCAGCCGGGGCCCAGCGGCGACGGCCGUGAGGAGAGAGGCCUGGCGAAGCUGCAGGGGAGGAGGCAACGCCUAAGCUGAAUCCGAAAGGACGAGGAAGGCCUGACCGAGGGAAGUGGGCUCCUGGCUAAGGGCACUGAGUGAGCAGA